UGAAUUUAUCGAUUUCAAAAAUAUCUUUUGUAAAUGAGACAUAAGGCGUGCCAACACGUGGAUGUUACUACGGGUGGUAGGACCUGUCCGGCUUGACUGCCAUUUUCCCCUGGGAAGCCAGUUUCCACUUCAUUGUACCGCGAGGUAUCAAGCAUAAGAGAUUGUAUACACAGUGAAUUUUCUGGUUGCCUUACACGAUGUGAUGUUUAUUUCAAAUAUAUUAUUUACUUGAUUUAUUAGGUUAAUCGUUACUUGUACAAGAAAAGUAAAUAUAAAAAAAAACAUUUUUGUUAUGAAUUGUAACAAUUCUAUAUAGAUACAGAUACAAGUAUUACUUGAUGCUACACAUGACUUUUUAUUAAACAUACAAAAUAAUGUCAAAUGCAAUAAGCGGAAAGAAUUUGUUACGACCCACUGGAUUACAGUGUAAAAAUCUCCAAGAGUAUUUGAAAUCACGUCCACCAGAAAUAUUAAAUAAACUGUAUCAUAAUCCUCCAAUUUGUUUGGCUGUGUUUCGCGAACUGCCAGUAAUUGCAAAACAUUAUGUUAUGCGUUUAUUGUUUGUCGAACAACCAGUGCCUCAAGCAGUUAUUGCUUCUUGGUGUUCUAAACUACACUUUGAAGAACAUCAGAAGGUAGUUUCAAUCUUAAAUGAAUUGAAUGUGUGGAAAGAAGCAUCGAUACCAGGUGGAUUACCUGGAUGGAUUCUAAAUACUACAUUUAAAAAAAACUUGAAAAUUGUUCUCUUGGGAGGUGGAAAACCAUGGACAAUGUCAAAUCAAUUAGAAACCGAUAGUAAACCUAGAGACGUUGCAUUCUUAGAUUCAUAUGCAUUAGAAAGGUGGGAAUGUGUUUUACAUUACAUGGUUGGUUCACAACAGCAAGAAGGUAUAUCAGCUGAUGCUGUUAGAAUUCUUUUACAUGCUGGAUUGAUGAAACGAGAUGAAGCUGAUGGAAGUCCGGUUAUUACACAAGCAGGUUUUCAAUUUUUACUAUUGGAAACUGCAUCACAGGUGUGGUAUUUUAUUUUACAAUACUUAGAUACAAUAGAAGCUAGAGGACUUGAUUUAGUUGAGUGCCUUACCUUUCUCUUUCAACUAAAUUUUUCAACACUUGGUAAAGAUUAUAGUACAGAAGGAAUGUCUGAGGGUCUGUUAACAUUUCUACAACAUUUACGAGAAUUUGGUCUUGUUUAUCAACGAAAACGAAAAGCUGGAAGAUUUUACCCUACAAGGCUGGCACUAAAUAUUGCAACUGGACAAAACAAACCAUUAUCUAGAGAUCCAGAUAAAGAGGGAUAUAUCGUUGUUGAAACAAAUUACAGAGUGUAUGCUUAUACAAAUUCUAAUUUACAAGUUGCCUUACUUGGUCUGUUUUGUGAAAUGCUAUACAGAUUCCCGAAUUUAGUUGUAUCAAUAUUAACAAGAGAUUCAGUACGUCAAGCCUUAAAGAGUGGAAUUACAGCUUCACAAAUCGUCGGUUAUUUGCAGCAACAUGCUCAUAGUAAAAUGAUAGAAGCAGGCCCUCCAGUUUUACCUCCUACUAUAGUAGAUCAAAUUAAAUUGUGGGAAAAUGAAAGGAAUAGAUUUAUAUUUAGCGAAGGAGUAUUAUAUAGUCAGUUUCUGUCCCAAACUGACUUUGAAGUACUUAGAGAUCAUGCUCUUUCUACAGGAGUACUAAUUUGGCAAAGUGAAAGGAAACGAACUAUGGUAGUUACAAAAGCAGGCCAUGAUGAUGUAAAAAAGUUCUGGAAACGAUAUUCUAAAGGCUCCAGUUAGUACAUUAAGGAUGUUUAGAAAUUACAUUAUAGAAUCAUCAUUUAAGAACAAUCUAUAGUAAAAUUUCAUCCUCAAUUAUGUAUUUUUUCAAUUCCAAUAUUUGUAUAAUACGUAACUUAUUAAAUACAAUGUAAGUUAAGUAUUUUAGUUUCAAUGUGAGAUCCAAAUCAAUAAUUUUACAUAAGAAAUAAAGUGAACUUGUUUCUUAAUAUUUUAAAAA